AUGCGUUCACUCACCCACCUUGCACAUCUUCUGAUCUCUCUUCUCCUCCUCCUCCAACUGCCACGUGGCACCGAUGGAAUAGAAUGUUACUCGGGUUCUCAAUUACAAGUCAUCAAUUGUCCCUCAAUGUCAUGUAUUAAACAGACACUUGGCUUGGAUACGGUCCGCUACUGCGACGGCACCGGCGUCUCCUCGAUCUGCCAAACCUACCGUAUCGUCGAGACCUGCGAUACCAUCCCAAAUCUCGGAUACAUUUGUUGCUGUGGUGGUGACCUGUGUAACUCCACAUUAAGUAAAUCAUCUGGUCUAUUUUUGAUGGGUUCGGUGCUGCUCAUUUUCCUGUUCUUUUAA